GAAGUGUUCUGCUAUUAUAAUGAAGGUAAUUAGUCGAAUAAGAGCCGUUGACUUAUACCGAUCAAGAUGAGAAUUCUACGGAUAUUCGGAUUUUUUAUUAUUCUAUGGCAAGAUCGAGCCGCCAUGAAAUUGGAAGAUGUUGUGACACGGGGAUGUAAAAAUCUGGUAGAUACAACUCCAUUAUUGCAUCUUAAAAAAUAUCUUUUUUGUACGUAUGAUAGUACCGUUCGUCCAAAUCAUCACAAAACGGUUACUAACGUCACUUUUAAGCUGAUGCCGAAGAUGAUGGAAUACACCGGGGACAGUGGAAUACUAACACUCCACAGUUGGAUGUCAUUUUCCUGGACAGACACGCAUCUCACUUGGACACCAAAUAAUUUUGACGGUGUCACUUAUAUUCACGUGAAGUCUGAUGAACUCUGGGUGCCUGAUCUAUCUGUUUACAACUCAGGUGAUAUGUCGAAUGGUCUAUUUGAGAUACCUACAACCGAUUGUCUGGUAUUUAAUACGGGCUCCGUAAUUUGCGUGCCGGCUGUAAAAUACAUAUCCAAAUGUGACGGCGAUUACACUUACUGGCCUUACGAUCAACAAUUGUGUCGUAUUCAACUUGGUUCAUGGUCAUAUGCGGGAGAAGAAGUCGAUUUCCAUUUUGACGGAAACGGAAUUAACAUGGAUAGCUAUGAAAAUAAUACAUUGUAUGAUUUGAAGUUUGUGUAUGCGGUGAAAAGCGUUGAAAAAUACGAAUGUUGUCCAAACGAAACUUACCCGCAGAUUUAUUAUACAUUUUUGUUAAUCCGACAUUACGGUAUAAAUCAUAAAACUGUCAUCACACCGGCAAUCGCUUUAAUAUUACUCACUUUAACGGUGCUUUGGUUGGACUCGAGAUCAGUCGAACGAACCGCGGUUGCAAGUGUAAAUUUGAUUUGCCAUCUACUCUGCCUGUACGAUUUGCAUUGGCAAUUGCCGCAUAAUGGUAUUAAUCCUCCUAAUAUAAUGCUGUUUUAUCGCGAUUCCUUGGCAUUGGCUACCUUUGCAUUAAUUUUGACCACUUUGUUGCGCAAACUGCAAAAUAUGAGUACAGACAUGCCAAAUUGGAUCUCAUCCAUGACAAUGUUUGUCAUAAACAAUAGGGCUGGUCGUUUUCUAAUACUAAAUGACGAAGAGUCCAAGAUAGCAGGCGAUAGCAUAGUAAUUGAAGACAGCUCGGACUUACCAAAAUCAGGAAUUAAGGAAUCCUGGAGAUAUUUUGCCGCUAUUGUAGAAUGGCUGUCGUUCUUUUGCGUUAUUCUCAUUUAUGUCGUUAUCUUAAUUACUCUUGUACCUAUAGGUUAAUGAAUGAUCGAUAAAAUCUCUUUAUAAAAAUUUUUUAAAUAAUGUUUCGCAUGCUUUUGUGACUGAU